CAACUCGCUUCAGUUGGAUUUUAGAACAUCGGACGGGCGGGCGUGUAGGAUGGAUCGCUAAGGACACCAGCAGCUUUUUUCAUUCCGUCUUCAACAGUGUUUGUUUAUACUUUUCGCCACACUUCCCGCAAAUCCUUCUCGACAGUGGUGCUUUUGCAGUUUUCAUUUUGUUCACCUCGGCGUUUGUUUUUUCCCGUGCCUUAAAACGCUGUUCCGAUUUCUCGUCGAGGAGGCGGCCGCACAAGUUUGAAAGCGGCUUUUCACGAGUAGUACACCUACUCGCCAUUAUUUAAAUCGCUGUUUGAGCAUCAAGCAAUCAUCAGGAUGGUGAAGAAGAUAUCAGAAGAAAGCGUAGACAGCGGCGUCGGCCGCUGCAGCAGCCAAUCAGGCAGCGAGCGCGAGUCGGAGGAGCUGCGCGCGGCGCCGCCCGGCACGGAGCCCAGCGCCCCCGUGGCCAUCCCCGAGAGCGAGGAGCUGGCCAGACGCAAGGAGGAGGCGCGCAGGAAGCGCCGCAGGAAGAAGCGCUCCGGCAGCUCUGUGGUCACCUCGUGCUUCCAAGACCUGUACAAACUAACAGGCGAGGUGCUCGGCGAGGGAGCGUACGCGUCAGUCCAGACUUGCGUGAACAUCUACACGGGGCAGGAAUUCGCAGUGAAGAUCAUAGACAAGGUGCCAGGCCACGCGCGGGCUCGGGUCUUCAGGGAGGUGGAGACGUUCCACUACUGCCAGGGGCAUCCGAACAUCAUCCAGCUGAUUGAGUUCUUUGAGGACACGGACAAGUUCUACCUUGUCUUUGAGAAGAUCAACGGCGGCCAACUUCUCGCCCGCAUCCAAGAGCACCACUACUUCUCGGAGCCGCAAGCCGCCGAGAUCGUGCGCGAGAUCGCCAACGCCCUGCACUUCCUUCACGGCAAGGGCGUUGCCCACCGGGACCUCAAGCCCGAGAACAUUCUGUGCGUGUACAGAGACCGCCUGUGCCCGGUCAAGAUCUGCGACUUCGAUCUCGGCAGCGGGAUCAGCUUCACGUCGAGCCUGGCCAGCCCGCUCGCCACGCCGCAGCUGAUGACGCCUGUGGGCAGCGCAGAAUUCAUGGCGCCAGAAGUGGUGUCCCUCUUCGCUGGUUCCGCAGCCAACUACUACGACAAGCGCUGCGACCUGUGGUCCCUGGGCGUGAUCGCGUACAUCCUGCUCUGUGGCUACCCGCCGUUCCGCGCCGACUGUGGGUUAGACUGCGGUUGGGAGCGGGGAGAGAACUGUCGAGCUUGUCAGGAUCUCCUGUUCACUUCUAUACAGGAGGGCCGCUACUCCUUCCCCGAAGAAGAAUGGGCGCACAUUUCCUCCGAGGCGAAGGACCUGAUCCGCGAGCUGCUGGUGCGGGAGGCGUCCCACCGGCUGUCCGCCGAGCGGGUGCUGUCCCACGCCUGGCUCAAGUGCGCCGACCCCGCCGCCGACAACCGCCCCCAACUCAACAUUAAACGCAACAUGUCGGUGCGCAACCUCUCCAGCUUCGCGUCGUCCGCCAUGGCGUGCCACCGCGUGGUGCAGCAGCACUUCUCCAUGAACUACUCGUACAUGCAGCGGCCGCCGCUACGCAACACGAAGAGCUGCCACCCGAGUCCGCCCGACGCCCAGCUCAGCGAGGCCGACGAGAUCGAGCGCGCGAGCUCGGGCCUGCAGCGCAUGGCGAUCCGCGACCGCUGCGGCGAGGACUACUGCGCGCCGCUCGGCCUGUCCCCGCCCACCGAGUCCGAGCUGCUGCGCCGCCGCUCGCACUGCCGCGACAAGCCGCUGCCCGUGCACUAGCCACCUCGCACCACGCAUGCCGCCUCUAACUAUAAGCAAGGAGGCCGCGAUCACCCGAAUUCGAAGCUAGAGCAAGGAGGUCGCAUACUACUCGAAGCUCGAGCAAGGAGGUCGCAUACUACUCGAAGCUUGAGCAAGGAGGCUGCAUGCAACUAAACCCGCAACUCUUUGGUCGUCAAACUUUUUGGACAUUGGUUGUGCUAUAGUGAUGGAAGAUUAUAAAGACUAUCGACGGGUUACAGUAACCGUGAAGACAGUGAUAGGUGAAGUGAAUUGUAAGCAUUUGAGUCGGUUUACUACCUAAGAUGUAUUGUCGGAGUUUAGUAAGGCGCUCUAGUGAAGCGAUCGGGCGCUUUUGCAAAUAAAUUAGCUCAGUAUUGAAAGAGGAACAGCUUGGAGACUCGUCUGUUUCUUUGCAAUGACAUUUAUUUGUAUUAUAGUCGGUUUGUCGCAUCACUACAGCGCUCUGGCCAGAAACAAAAAAUAUUUUUAAGAGGUCGCACGUCAACUUGAUUAACAACUGGCCAGUAAUAAAAAUCUCAAAAAAAGAAAAUAUAGAUUUGUGAGCGUAGAUUCGUGUAUUGUGAUUGUGCUUGUAAGGUAAUGAUGGGUAAAGUUAUCCAGGAUAUAAACAUUGUUAAAUUAUUGUAAUCAAGUUGACACGUAGGGCUGCUAACAAAAUAUAUCGGUUUUAUGAGAGAAAACGCGUUGAUAAAGAUAAAGGCCUUCCUCCGUAUCGCCUUCGUGAAAGCAAUAAAUAAUUAUAUUUUUAAAGAAACAUAAAUGGAACUCUCAUAAUAUUAAGUAACUGCAUAAUUUUGUUUGUAGCCCUACUCAAAAAGUUUGUAAAGUUAACGCGACCAAAGUAAUAACUUGUGAGGUUUUUGAACAUAACGCGAUCUCAUAACUUUAAAAACAAAAAAAAACUUAUUUUCCAGGUGAAAUACAUAGUAGUCCCACUGCACUUUUACAAAGUACAGUUGCUGGUUGAAUGGACAUUGAGUAAUGGCGGUGGCAAGUCUACUUGGCUACCACGAUGCCUUGCCAGUGAAUCCAAUUUACAAACACUUUCUAUUGUUCUUAGAUAGUGACGCUAUAGUACUGUGCGGCUGUACUUCGUAAAAGUAAUUCGGAAAAAUGACGUUACGCCUGUAAAGUAAGUUUCCAAAAAAAAAGUAUAAAUUAGAUACUUUCGCUGUCUAUGACUCGAGCUUAGUCGCAGUUGAGUAUAGAACUAUUUUGUCCACCGACCGAUUCUAGUGUUAGACGCGAUAUUCUGAAUGAAUUCGACCGCACGUGGAUUCGUGUACACCUUCUGUGAAUGUUUUUUAGUAGAGUCACAGCGAAGUAUGUAAAGCGAAGCAUUUGUUGAGCGAAGUCAGGGCUUGGCUGCCGCUCGCGGCGCCGCGGCCACAUUCCACCGAGCGUCCAGUACAAUAACCCACUAGGUGCUGCGUUCCGUUUCACACGAGUGUCCCCAGCGCACUACAACAGAAUAAACUAGACGUUUUGUGCCAACGGAAAAGUUUCCGACACCAGUGAUAGAAACCCAAUCGCAAUUUAUUAAAUAAGAGAGAAAGAAAUACUUAUAAAGCUAUGAACAGUUUUAUUUGAGCCUUUUAAAGAUAUAUUUUUAUGAAUAAAUAAAAACGACUGAAUAGUUUUUAUUGAUAGAGUAUUGUGAGUUUUUGUUAGCGGCGCAGUAGGAGCGCCGCGCCAGACCAACGGUCAAUAAACAUCGUAUUAUAUUGAGAUAUUUCCGCUGAUCUUCUUUAUGUAUGUAUGUAUUGUAACAGAUAUAUUUGGGAUUUAUGAAAUCCAUCUUAAAAUUUGAGCUUAUUUGUUAACUUCGUUUGUGACCAUCCGCAUCCCUAGCAAUGUAUAAAAAUACUUUCUUUUCGAGAGCGUUUUCGGAUACUAGUCUGUUUGUGAUUUGAUUUUUGCAUUUUACCAACGAUAGAAAACCACACCUAAUUAAGUAAGUAUGAAUCAACCUGUUUUUAUGUAAGGUACUAAGGGCAAUAUGUGACAUUUUCGCUAUGAGUGCAAGUGGUAGAUCGCAUUUUGGAUUGUAACAAUAAAUUUGCUUGUAAAUUUAAAGUCAUAAUAAUGAAUAGGACUUAUCAGCUGGUUGAUAAAAUGUCAUGUACUUGUGGAUUUUGAACUGUGUUGGUACAUUAAGUGUUGCAUGGGGUUCCAUGGAGCUGCCAUAUCUUGUGAUCAGUUUGAAUACUUUUAUAUGCUGAGAGAAUGAAGUGUUGGAGUAAUGUUUAAGUGUAGACUUGCUAGACUGUACCUAACUGUGUCCAGCCAUUGAUUGGAAAAAGAUUCAUGCACUUACGAUAACAGCCUCAUAAAAUUAUCAAUUACAUUUGCAUUGUUUUUGUUAUUAUAGAUUUUUAUUAAUUAUUAAUAAAGUGGCUUUAUCCAAUCAAUCGUAAAAUAGCAACUGGCGCAGAUCUUUGUUAAAAUUUUGUUUUCGACUAAAAUCAUUGAUUUAUAAUUUGAACUGUCAUUGAAAUACAGACGUUUGAAUUUCUAA